UGGAAACAAAAAGAGAUAGAUAGAUAGGUGAGAUCUCUAGAUAGAGAUAGAGAGAGAGAGAGAGAGAGAGAGAGAGAGAGAAGUGGCCAUGGAAAAACCAGUUCACAUUUCCAUGCUGAUUUUUUUUCCAUUUUGCCAUCAACCAAGAACUGUAAAUUACCCCAUUAAUACCCUCUCUAUAUAGGGAUUUUUGGAGUGGGGAAGAGAGGAGGAGGGACUGACUAGUCAUUAACUUUUCAAGUGUCAAACUAACACUCUAGCCGUUUGGUUCUUUCAUAUUGGAAAAAGGAAUUUGGUACGUGAUGGGUUGGAGAUACAAGACAGGGUUGUUUCUCAUACUCACGGUUGUCAUCACUUGGGUAACCUGUGCAGAAGUCACUCAGGGAAUUUUCAAAGACUAUGAGCAUCCAUUCGCCUUGGCAUAUCUGGGAACAUCUCUUUUGGUUCUUUUUCUCCCAAUAGCCUUCAUUAAAGAUGGGUUAUUUCAUCUCUUCAGAAGUAAAUCCCACAGCGGUGACAAAAUUGCGCAAAUUACCAAUAUGCCCUUGGGUAGACUCGAGUCUCCCGUUAAGGUUGAUGGGGUUCCAGAAUUGGAUUGUAAGGGGUCUAGAAAAGAGGAUGGAUCAGAGCUUAAAUCUCAGGAGGAGGGAAUUGCAAUAGACAUAGAUGAUGUUGAUAAGUUGGAAAGAGACAAAUCUGCACUUAACAAUAAGGAAAUGGCUAGAUUAGGCUUUCUCAUUGCUCCUGUCUGGUUCAUAACAGAGUAUUUAACAAAUGCUGCUCUCGCCCGAACGAGUGUUUCUAGUACAAUGGUAUUAAAUUCAACUUCAGGACUUUUUACUCUCUUCAUUGGUGCAUUUUUGGGACAAGACUCCAUAAAUGUGGUGAAAGUAGUCUCUGUUGUUGUCAGCUUGGCUGGUGUUGCCAUGACAGCACUUGGGAAGACUUGGUCCACGGAUCAAGCUCAUUUAAGAAAAUCCACGAAUGGGAAGCACUCGCUGGUGGGAGACCUCUGUGCUCUUCUCUCAGCCAUGACUUACGCACUGUUUUGUGUGCUUCUUAAAAAGUUUACGGGAGAUGAAGGAGAAAGAGUAGACAUGCAAAAGCUAUAUGGAUACAUUGGAUUGUUCACGCUUGUUGCCCUUUGGUGGCUCAUAUGGCCUCUGACAUCGAUCGGGAUUGAACCAAAAUUUGUAAUUCCUCACUCUGCAAAAAUGGAAGGUGUUCUUUUUGCCAACUGCUUUGUCAGUAAUUUCCUGUGUGACUAUUUAUGGGCACUCGGUGUUGUGUGGACGACUCCACUAGUGUCGGCAUUAGGCGUUUCACUCACCAUACCACUUGCCAUGGGGGCAGACAUGGUGGUGCAUGGGCAGCACUACUCUGCAGUUUAUAUAAUUGGCUCAAUUCUGGUGUUUGUGGGCUUUGUAAUGGCAGGAUUCUCAAAUUGGUUCUCCCAGAAGAUUAAACUGUAUUUCUUAAAUUGACCCUAAAUUAUUAUUAUUUUUUUUUGGUAUCUUCGAUUUUUCCAACAAAAAGAGCAGUAAACGAGGAAUACUACGAAUGUCGCCAUGCACUAUUGAAGGGAAAAUAAACGGACAAUUCACAGCUGAUUUUUAAAUUUUUCUUCAUUUUUCGGUU